CUAACAACUCAAGCUUCGGUCCAAUUUCUAGCAUCUCUGCUACCUCUACACAACAUGUGGACCAUGUUAUCUGCACACUACUCCAAGGUGCCAUGGGCGCUCUACACAGUUUGGAUCUUGUUCCUUUGGUACGAAUCUAGAACGCACGAAGCGGCCCAAGCCCGAGCUACAAAGGCAGAGCAACUUUCUCUUCUAAUUCACUUUCUUCCCCCAUUGGUCAAGGUCUUUUUCUCUUCCUGGGCCAAAAAUUCUGGGGACUCGGCACUGGUUUGGCUGAUCGCCAUCAUGGUCUUCCGAUACUACAAGACUGUGAUCAGUGUUUAUUUCUGGAAUCGCUAUAAGCUGGCAACGGUAUCGAGCUGCAAGACAAGUAAUGUCAAGGGUCACUUCUACACGAGCCUGGAUUGCACUGCAAUCAUACCCACGGUUGGACCCACCGGCAACUCCAGGUUUUACGACAUGCUUGUCUCCAUUGCAGUCAAUGGACCUGCCCGCAUAAUCAUCUCGACGAACAAUUCAGAAAGUCAAAAUCAGGUCCUGAAUUGUUUACCCGAAUUCAAACAGAAAUUUCGAGAAGAAUAUCCUGCAGGCUUCGAUUAUCAGCAACCAGAUAAGUCCCAAAAGGGGGUUUUCAAGCUACCCCCUAUUGAUGUCAUCAACGCAGAUGUUUCGGACAAGCGACGGCAAUUCCUAAAAGCCGCCAAGCUGGCAACAACAGAACUAAUUGCUAUGGCGGAUGACAGUGCAGUAUGGAACCGGAAGUUGCUCGAGGCGACACUUCCUGCUUUCUAUGACAAGCAAGUGGCUUUUGUCGGCACGCGGAAAUGGGUAAUACUGAACAAAUUCGAGAAUCGUAUAGCGGUACCGCCACGGGAGAACGGAAUCUGGGAACUCUGUCGUGUCCUAGCAAAGAACGCAAUCGCGGAAUACUGGCAUGGCCUGUGGAACACCAUCGGUGCUCUUUACCUAGUCCGUCACAACUUCGAGAUUCGCUCUUCCGAUGCUGCAGACGGGGGUGUAUUCUGUAUCUCCGGUCGCACUUCGCUGAUCCGCAGUGCAAUUGUUCAGGAUGAGGAAUUCGGGAAGGAGUUCCUCAACGAGCAUGUUGUCGGACCCCGGCACUGGCCUUCCCGCCCUACCUGGGAUACGUUGCGUGACUGGUUUUCUCGGCGUUCCUGGCGUAUUUGGUUUACCUGGCUUAAGGGGCUUUCCUGGCUUACCGGGCUUUCCUGGCAUGCCUUGCGUACCUGGCGUCCGUGGAAGUUCACACCGAUUAGUGCGGACGACGACAACUUUAUCUUGCGCUGGGUCCUCAAAAAAGGCAUGAAGGUCAAGGUACAGUAUUCUGAAGACGCCACGAUUACCACUGCGCUUGGCUUCAACCCGCGCAAGUUCUGGGACCAAUGUAAGCGCUGGAGUCGCACCACCGCUCGCCAGAACCCUAAGGCACUCUUCCUCGAUCGUGUAAUCUGGUGGCGAUGGCCUCUCACAGUCUGGCUGACCUAUUUUCCAUGGAUGUGGAACUUCGCACUUAUCUGGGACCCUCUCAUGCUGUUCAUGCUUACUCGGACUAACAUGUACCAGACAUCUGCCCACUCACGUCUGAUGAUGACGGCCUUGGUUGCACUAAUCUGGUCGUCCAAGUUGGUGAAGACGAUUCCUUGGUUCUGGGAGAACCCCAAGUUGUUCUUUUUGUAUUUCUUUCCUAUUCCAGCUGUGCCGAUGUUCAGCUAUGCCCACUCCGUGUUGAAGUUUAUGACAUUCUUCACGUACUGGGAUGCUACAUGGUCUGGCAGAACCCUGGAGGCUCCAGCUUCUGAUUUGAAGCAAGAGUAA